GUGGAGAGAACUAUUAUGGCAUUGCCUACUUAGUACACUGAAAUAGGGAGUUGGUCGGUAUUUGAUAUUUGGCUUGUAAAAAAGUUGGAAAUGACACUAUCGUUUUCUAACGGAGCUGCUGGUCGAGUAUUCGGCACAUGGCAAUAUUUUUAGAAGAAAUAGCCCAUAUUUGUGUUCUCUUAAUUUGGGUUGCACUGUGGGUGACUGAGAGCAAAAAUGUGCGGUACUCUAUGGAUGAUGACCUCCUGUUGCCCUACGCUGAUACUCAUGGUCCGUCUCAUUCCCAUCGGUAUGUAAGAGACUGUCAGCCACACAUCCACGGAAACCUAACCCAUGAAACCUGGCUGGCAAGCGCAGACCCUGCAUCGCCUGUAGUAGAAUCCAACACUUUUGUCUCAGCAAUCAACAGUUCAUGGGUGAGUGGCCACAUCACAGUGGUUCAUGACCCGCUGAGAACAGUGUCUGUGCUGGAGCCGGGAGGCCCUGGAGGAUGUAAGAAUUUCCGUCGAGAGCUUGUGGAAAACACUGCUAAAACGAGAAAGUGUCUAAUCGCCCAGAAUGGUGGAUAUUUUGUCACGAAAAAUGGAUAUUGCUUAGGGAACAUUGUAAGUGAUGGCAAUCUGGUACAGAAUAGUGGAGGAGUUCAGAACGCUCAGUUCGGCAUCAGGAAGGACGGGAGGCUGGUGUUUGGUUAUCUAUCAGAGGACGAGGUUUUGGACACAGUAAACCCUUUUGUGCAGCUGGUCAGUGGGGUGGUGUGGCUGCUCAGGUCAGGAGAAGUAUACAUCAACGAGAGCUUGAAGGCUGAAUGCACGGAGUCUCAGGAGACAGGAACACUGCAGGAAUUCGUCAAUGUGAUAUCAGCACGGACCGCAGUGGGCCAUGAUGCCAAGGGCAGACUCGUUCUCUUCCACAGUGAUGGCCAAACACAAAGGAGAGGUAUGAACCUGUGGGAGGUCGCAGAGUUCCUGAAAGAGCAGGGAGUCAUCAAUGCCAUUAAUCUGGAUGGAGGCGGCUCUGCCACUUAUGUCCGUAAUGGGUCACUGGCAAGUUUCCCCUCAGAUCACUGUGAUGAUCCGAUGUGGCGCUGUCCUCGGGCCGUAUCCACUGUGCUGUGUGUGCAUGAGCGUCUCUGUCAGCCCGAAGACUGCAGCCAGCACGGGACCUGUGUGGAUGGCCAGUGUGUGUGCCAACCCGGCUGGGCCGCGCCCACGUGUGCCAAUCUAACAUGCCAACCUCCAGACUGUGGAGACCAUGGGCUCUGCACUCCAGAUGGCUGUGUGUGCGAUGCAGGGUGGAAAGGUGUGAACUGCAGUCAGGAGUGUAACCUAGGUUUCUAUGGCGAUUGGUGUAAGAAGAAAUGCAUGUGUGUAAAUGGAGGCUCUUGUGACCCCGUACAUGGACGAUGCACUUGUCCUGCUGGUUUUCAUGGAGAUUCUUGUGAGCAAGAAUGUCCUCUAGGAUACUACGGGCUGCUUUGUUCACAGGAGUGCCAGUGCAGUGACCUAUGCCCUUGUGACCCCGUAACGGGAAGCUGUAAUGCCACAUUCCAUGGCCAGAGAAAUACCAGUCUGCAUAGAGCCGGUCACUGCCUGGCCACCCAAAUGUGGAAGGAGUGGCGAGAGCAAGACGAGGCUCGGGCACAGAAGCCUUAUCUGUCAGAGCAGAGCUGGAUGGUUAUCACUGCUGUCCUGGCUGCAAUCUUGCUGACCAGUCUCACUGGAAACUUAAUCCAAGUGUGUGGAAAAUGCAAAGGUCGUCUGCAGCAGGAAUAUUCCUACGUACCGCUAGAGGAAGUUAACAGGUCCGGGGAUAGUCCCAAUCGUUUGAGGAUACAGCCUGGCAAAGCUCUCUUUCAACCAGAUGAUACAGACUCAGAAGACUCCUUAUAGCCUUUGUGUGCGUGUGCAUGUGUGUGUACACUGUGUGUGUGUGUGUGUGUGUGUGUGUGUGUGUGUGUGUGUACUGUGUGUGUGUGUGUGUGUGUGUGUGUGUGUGUGUGUGUGUGUGUGUGUACUGUGUGUGCGCACUGUAUGUGUGUAUGCACUGAGUGUGUGUACUGUGUGUGGGUGUGUAUCACCAACAAAAACAAGCAAGUGUCUGUAAAUACAGGUUAGUCCACUACAUGGACUUUGCAGUCAGGAGUAAAAUGCCUCUUGGGGUGCAUUCUAAAUGACCUUGAGGUUUAUUAAUUACACAGUGAAGCAGAUGUUCCUGUUUGUCAGCGUUCCUAAUAUUCAGCGAGUUCCCUGAGCUCCUCACAGUCAAAUACUGUGGUCAAAAUAAAAACCACAAUCAAACAGAGGCUCUAAAUUCAAACAAGGUCAUGCACAUCUGUGUACGUCUUCAGUAUCCUUUACUGCACUGUCAUGUAACAGGCAUCAUCACUGGCAUGUUGUGAUUUCUUUUUAUUACUCACUUUGGUUUACAUUUACUUAAUAACUCAGGAACUUGGAAAUUUGGUCAACAGGCUUGAAUAUUAACCACAGACAUGUGAAAUCAUUAGGUUGCUUGUGGGUUGCUUCGUGUUCUUGAUGUUUUUGCACCAUUUGUUGCCAUAGAAGCAGACCAGAAUUGAACUGUGAAUGCCAUGAUAAGGUAUGCUACUGUAUUUACUUUUUAGAUUCAUUUGGAAAGCAGACUCACCGUGCUUGGCGCACAGCCUAGUACAUGUUGUCUUAAACCAUUUCUCUGGGCAUACAUUGUAAAAUCAUGCCCUAAUUUGUUUUUAUAGACUGUAAGAAACCAAAACAAGAACAUUUCAAAUGGACUUUGACCCUGGCACAGUGAGUUGGAAAGGUGGCAGGAUGUGUUAGCCCAAAUGAAGGGGCAUUACACUUAAAUAAAUGAGACGUGGAAGGGCAGAAUUAACGGAGCUGACCCUUCAGUUUUAGUGCCUUAUAAUACCUGCUGACUUACUACUCCAAGACGAAGAAUUUUAUGGUAUCAGUGUCUCUUUUUUGUACACUAUUACUGUAGAGUGAUAUUUAAAUCCUUGCACUGUCUCACCGGUGUUAAAAGCAGAGAAACAGAUAAAGUAAGCUGCUUCAAUCUCAAGAUGUUUUAACAUGUGAGGAUAGAACAAUGGCUAAUUUUAUGAAUCAUUUUCAUUAUGCACAGCUUAAUAGUGUUUGUAUGUAUCUUUGAUAAUUAAUAUACAGCCAAAAAUAUACAUUUAUGAUACAACAUUCCCAUUUAUACUUAUUAUGAAAGGGGAAAGAGGCCAUUGCACUGAUAUUGUUUAAAAUAGUGGUUCUCAUCCCUUGUCCUGGAGGAACUCUGCCCUGCAUAUUGUCCUUUAGUUUUGGUCUAAUUAACAGACCCAUGCUGAUGCUGCAGUCAUGUCAUAUAAAAAUAACAGUUCAACUGGGGAACUUUUUAUUUUUAACUCGCUUUUUUUUUAGCUUCAUGAUUUCCCAAAUCAUACCUGGAAGUAAGGCAAAUGAAAACAGGAAAAUGCUGUGUGUCCAGUUUUUUUGGGUUAUUUUUCAGUUUAUAAUAAAUUACAACAAAAAAUGGACAUAAAAGGGGGAAAGAAAUGUGCUCAAAAAUAGAAUUUUUUCAUGACAACAUAUAUAUGUUAAACAAAAUGGAGAUGUGCAAACCCUUUUCAGUUUUCCUGUCCUCUCCCACAUGAUGUGAAUAUGAUGGAAGCAGACUUGGGUACAGUUAGGCUGUUUUUUAUUUUGUAUAAUUCUAAGAGAUAAUCAGAUUUGUCUUGAACAGUGUUUUGUUUAACUUUGCAUUUGGUUCAUGUGGGCUUUUCUUCCACUCUGCUUUUGUCUGAAACAGUAAAUCUGGCUAACAUUC